AAAAUUGAUUUUAAUUUGACUGGAAUGGGUGAAUUUGUCGAAUUGCCUGGUUUGCUGAAUGCAAUUCGCGCCAUUAUAGAUACCCAAGUUUCAAGCCUUUGUGUGCUUCCCAACGAAAUUGUUGUGUCACUGGCUCCGGAUGUGGAUGUUACCCAGCUUUACUUCCCAGAACCAGAUGGUGUGCUGCGUCUGAAGGUUGUUGAGGCGAAAAAUCUGGAAAAUAGAGAUAUUCAAUUUACAAAAAAGUCGGCAAUUGGUUCGCAGUUCUACAAGACUCGUGUAAUUGACAACGAUUUGAAUCCAGUGUGGAAUGAGUAUUUCGAAUUUGUUGUUGAACAGGCAAAUGGCCAGAAGCUGCGUAUGGAACUGUUUGAUUCGGACACCGUCAGCAGUGAUGAGGAAUUGGGAAGGCUGGAAAUUGAUCUAAUCAAUAUCAAGAAGAAUGGACACAUUGAUGACUGGUUUCCAUUGGAUGCUUGUAAGCAUGGCGAUAUCCGUAUACAGGUAAGCAUACCGAAAGAAAAUGAGAAAAGCAAAGAAAGAGUAGGAGAUAAGGAAUCAGUGUAA